GCGCCCGCGGCUCCGCUCGGCCCCACCGCCGCCUCCCGCAGCGCCGGGCGCGGCCUCCCCGGCGUUCGGCCCCGCAGGACAACACCUUCCUGCAGUGAGAAUGGAGGAUACAAGAGACAUCUGCCCUCACCUGGAUUCCAUAGGAGAGGUGACCAGGGAUGAUCUGCUGCUCAAAUCCAAGGGAACUUGCCAGUCAUGUGGAGCUGUGGGACCAAAUCUCUGGGCUUGUCUUCAGAUCGGGUGUCCUUAUGUUGGCUGUGGGGAGUCCUUUGCUGAUCACAGCACUCUUCAUGCACAGGCCAAAAAGCACAACCUGACAGUGAAUCUGACCACUUUUCGGGUCUGGUGUUACGCCUGUGAGAAGGAGGUGUUCCUGGACCAGCGGCUGGCAGCGCACACGCAGUCACCCUCGGAUUCUCCAUUGCCUGCUCACCCUUUGAAAGCUGUUCCAAUUGCAGUGGCUGAUGAAGGCGAAUCCGAAUCAGAGGAUGAUGACUUGAAACCAAGAGGCCUUACUGGAAUGAAAAAUCUUGGGAACUCCUGCUACAUGAAUGCAGCACUUCAGGCUCUCUCUAACUGCCCACCUCUCACGCAGUUUUUUCUGGAAUGUGGUGGUCUGGUCCGUACAGAUAAGAAACCAGCACUAUGCAAAAGUUACCAGAAGCUGGUGUCUGAGGUUUGGCAUAAGAAACGGCCAAGUUAUGUUGUUCCAAGCAGUCUGUCUCAUGGAAUUAAACUCGUCAACCCCAUGUUCCGAGGCUAUGCUCAACAGGACACUCAGGAGUUCCUGCGCUGCCUGAUGGACCAGCUUCAUGAAGAACUGAAGGAACCAAUUGUUGCAGAGACACGAGAUUUGGAUAUGGGUGACCAGGAUGACAAGCGCGAGGGUGACCGAAGUCCUUCGGAGGAUGAGUUCCUCUCCUGUGAUUCAAGCAGUGACAGGGGUGAAGGAGAUGGUCAAAGCCGGACCACAGGGAGCAUGGGAGAGACAGAGUUGUUGAUCCAGGAUGAAGGAGGGAGAGGGAUCUCUGAAAAAGAGAGGAUGAAGGACAGAAAGUUCUCCUGCGGCCAUCGGCGCAGCAACUCGGAGCAGGUGGAUGAGGAUGCAGAUGUUGAUACCACGAUGAUGCCAAUAGAUGGCAGAGCCUCACCUGAGAUGCUCCCAGCUCCCCGUCCUGCCAGCCCAUGCAGGACACCAGAACCUGACAACGAUGCCUACGUGCGCUGCUCCUCGCGCCCCUGCAGUCCGGUCCAUCACGAAAUGCACUCCAAGCUCUCCAGCAGUCCUCCUCGCUCCAGUCCUGCCAGGCUUGGACCUUCCUAUGUACUCAAGAAAGCCCAGAUGCAGGCUUCUGGGAAAAAGAAGAAAGAACUUCGUUAUCGCAGUGUGAUCUCUGAUAUCUUUGAUGGCUCCAUUCUCAGCCUGGUGCAGUGCCUCACCUGUGACAGAGUUUCUACAACAGUGGAGACAUUCCAAGACCUGUCACUCCCGAUCCCAGGAAAGGAGGACCUGGCCAAGCUGCACUCUGCCAUCUACCAAAGUGUGCCAGCUAAGACAGGGGCGUGUGGGGACAACUAUGCCUCACAAGGCUGGAUUGCUUUCAUCAUGGAGUAUAUCCGGAGAUUUGUGGUGUCUUGUAUCCCUAGCUGGUUUUGGGGUCCUGUUGUGACACUGGAGGAUUGUCUUGCUGCCUUUUUUGCAGCGGAUGAGUUGAAAGGGGACAACAUGUACAGUUGUGAAAGGUGUAAAAAAUUGAGGAAUGGAGUAAAGUACUGCAAAGUCCUCCGGCUACCAGAGAUUCUCUGCAUCCACUUGAAACGGUUCCGGCAUGAGGUGAUGUAUUCCUUCAAGAUCAACAGUCAUGUCUCCUUCCCCUUGGAAGGGCUGGAUCUGCGGCCUUUCCUGGCCAAGGAGUGUGUCUCUCAGAUCACCACCUAUGAUCUACUGUCAGUCAUCUGCCAUCACGGCACAGCAGGCAGUGGGCAUUACAUAGCCUACUGUCAGAACGUGAUCAAUGGCCAGUGGUACGAGUUUGAUGACCAGUAUGUCACUGAGGUCCAUGAGACUGUGGUACAGAAUGCAGAAGCCUAUGUCUUGUUCUACAGGAAAAGCAGUGAAGAGGCUGUGCGAGAGCGUCAGAAAGUUGUGUCCCUUGCCAGCAUGAAGGAGCACAGUUUACUCCAGUUCUACAUCUCUCGGGAGUGGCUCAACAAAUUUAACACGUUUGCUGAGCCUGGUCCCAUCACCAAUCACACCUUUCUGUGCUCUCAUGGAGGGAUCCCUCCUAAUAAAUACCAUUACAUUGAUGACCUGGUUGUGAUUCUGCCCCAGAACGUGUGGGAAUAUCUCUACAACAGGUUUGGGGGUGGCCCUGCAGUGAAUCAUCUGUAUGUGUGCUCUAUUUGCCAAGUGGAGAUUGAAGCACUUGCCAAACGCAGGAGAACUGAAAUUGACACCUUCAUCAAGCUGAACAAGGCUUUCCUGGCAGAGGAGUCUCCAAGUGUCAUCUAUUGUAUCAGCAUGCAGUGGUUCCGUGAGUGGGAAGCCUUUGUCAGAGGGAAGGAUAAUGAGCCUCCUGGACCAAUUGACAACAGCAAGAUUGCACUCACAAAAGCGGGUGGCCACAUGCAUGUUAAACAAGGUGCUGAUUAUGGGCAGAUUUCCGAGGAGACGUGGAUUUAUUUAAGCACCCUGUAUGGAGGGGGCCCAGAGAUUGCUGUCAGACCAAAUGUGGCCCAGGUCCAAGAACUGGAUAACCUGCAUGGGGAGCAGAAGAUUGAAGCAGAGACCUGGGCUGUGUGAUCUGUGAAGGAUGGGGCAGGGAAGGUACGGCACAAGUAUGUGUGCAGAUGGAUGGGGAAUCCUGAGGAGUCAAACCUAUUCCUUUGUGUGGUACUCAAAGGCGUGUGCAGCUCCCACCACCACUUUGGGGAAGGAAGGUAUCCUUGGCCAUCCUUUCAUGAGGUUCUGGAUGUAGGGGUGGUACUAUGAAAGACUGGGAGAAAUCAGUUUCUCUGUAAUUCAUUUUUGUAGCCUCAGUGGGAAAAAAACUGGUGGUGAGAUUGCAGAUGGACUUUACUAGCCUGUGUUUUGACCUGAGCCUCUCCCUUUUCUGUGCUUACAAGAAAUCAGCACUCUCAGCUUGUCCUCAGUAAACUGAUUCUCUGCUCCUCUGCAGGUUUUGCUUUUGGCACUUUCCUUUUUUAACCCUGUGUAAAGAUAAUGAGAUGCUAUUUAUGUUUCCAGUAAGCAGUGUUGCAACUAGAGAAACCUGUUUAUUUGAAGCUAACUAAAGCCACGGGGUCUUCUGGUAGUUUUGUGCUGAUGGUGCACAGUUGUCACAACUUCCUAGUUUUGCUCCUUAUCUAAUUCUUGCAACUUCAGUUGCAACUGACUAAUUUUGAAAUAGUCUGUUUCAUUCUCCCCUAAGCCCUAAAGUUACACCUUCACCAUCCUGGCAGGAUUUUCUGCUCCUCGUAUCUGAUUUCAUGUGUUCAGCAUGUUUUCAGAGAACAAAGCUGCAGAAUGAGUUCUCCUUCCCUCAGUACUAUUUCCCCUUAAGCUCCUGGCAGCUUGCUAGAUAUGGGAUGCAGCCUUACAGGUUAGACUCAAAGCUGUUCAAUGGGCAGACUUCUUUGAAACAGGACAUGGGACUUUGUUUGUAAGCCCAGAACUCCUUUUCAGAAUGAUCCUGCUGUCAGCACAGAUCUGUCCCCGCAUCUGUCAUGAGAAACAGAGGAUGAGUCGGGUCUGAAGAGGGUGACUGUAUGUUUGCACAGAGUCUGCUCAGGUGGGCAGGGCCCUCUUGGAGCACUGGAGAAGGUGCCUGGCUGAUCAGCUGGAGUGGCUUCAGGAAUGAGCUGCUUUCUGUAGACAAGCCUCCACCUGUGUGCUGAGGUCAUUUAGCUUCUCAGUACAGAUGUCCUUUGUGUAGGCAGUUGCUCAUUUAAUGAAUAGAAAUAAUGUGUUCCCUCUGCUGCUGUAGCUGUGGACUAUAAUAACAGCCAGCAGAGAGAGGCAGGAAGACAAGAAAGUCUGAACACUAGCUAUCCCAGCAGGUCUGUUCUUCAAAAGUUCUUCCUUCACCUAAGACAAGGCCAUAGCAAAACAGCAUGCACCUGUGUGUUUCAGUGAGCUUCAAUGGAAGCAAAGCUGGCAAGGCAGAAGGGACCUCUCUUGGGCUGAGGACCAAAACUGUGCGUUCACAGUGCUGGAACCUGCCUGGUUCCACAGCAUCACACCUGGGCUCAGGGGCCCAUGGAAAAGAGAAAGGAAGGGAGGGCUGCACUUUCACUCACAGAUAGAGCGAAGAGAAGAGUGCAGAAGAGUUUGAAAAGGAAAAAAUGUGGCCUUCAGAUUUUGUUUUUUAGACCAAAAGAUUGCUGUAAACAGCAAAUCCUUCUUUAAAUAAAUCCUGUAAAUGGUUCAGCAUGUUAAUUUCACUAUCUUGUUUAUUGGAUGCCUGUAUAUGCCCAAGGGGAGGUCAAAGAAUGAGCUGCUGUUGGGAUUUCUCAUUGUUCUCAGCUUUGUUCACCACUGCAGCCUUCUUGGAAGCUGCUGCAGAGCCUGUAGGGCUGCAUGUCUGUGUUGUCUGUGCCGUUCAGAGGAUUGUACAGAUUGUAAUAAUACUCCUGUGCUUAAGUGUUAUACUUUGUGCUGAAAACGUGUUACAAUAAAUAUAUGUGCAUCCAACACA